CCGAGGCACUACCACCGUCAGCAGUGCCUCUCCCGUCCCAGCCUUCUGUCCCAAAAUUCUCGUAACAGAAGGACAAUGUUCAUUAAUAGCUUAACACCGAGUAUUAGGCAGAUGGUGGCGGCUGUGUGUGCUGGGGUACUCACGACUGCUGCCUAUACAUCGUGGGGAUUCUCUGCUGUUGCUCUGCCUCAAAUGAAUCUUCCUGAAUCACCUGUAAACUUUACCCCUGAGAUGGCCGGCUGGUUCGCCACGAUACCGAUGUUACUCAGUAUACCAGGAACAGCACUCGGCUCGGUACUGUGUGAGCGAAUAGGACCAAGACGACUACAACUGGUGGUAGUUCCUCUCCUGGCGGCGUCGAUGCUGGGGAUGGUCGCGGGGUCCUGGCAAGUGUUACAAGACGCAGGGGUAGUUGAGGAGUUUCUUCUGGUGACUCGAGUGAUACAGGGGACGUUGGCAGCUCUGUUCACGACACCAGCAAUUGUUUACACGUACGAAGUAUGUGAUAGCCAUCGUCGAGGAGCACUGACUAGCUGUGUGGAUAUGUGGGUAACGCUGGGAUUCCUGUUAUGUUAUCUUCUAGGGUGUUAUCUUCCCUGGCAGACAAUGGCUUGGGUUCUGCCAGUCUCUACUUCCUUACCUGCCUACUGUGGACUCCUGCUGGUGCCGGAGUCUCCUCUGUGGUUAGCCAGGAGAGGGAGGAACAAAGAAGCACUGGAGAAUAUGAUGUUGCUACGUAAUUCUUCCGAUGAAAUAUUAGAGGAACUACAAGUUGUAAGGAACUCGACAUCAAAAGGCAUGACAAUUUGGAAAUCACUUCAGGUGGCGAAAGAUAAACCAAACUUAUUAGCGAUUCUUUUCUCGUCUCUGGUACUGAUGUUGAAGGAGAUGUGUGGGUUCAUUGUCUUCUCCAUCUAUAUUGUUUACAUAUUUCAACAAGCUGGGGUCGGGAUAAGUCUUUGUUGGAGUUCAGUGUUUGUGGGGUUGACUCGUCUGGUGUGUAAUUUGACUGCUUCACUCAUAUUACAUAAAGCCCCUCGUAGGCUACUCUUGAUGGCUGGCUGUAGUCUAAUUUUUAUCUCUGUGACAGCGAUUGGGAUAUUUUUCUACCUGCAGUCGGGAGGUUACAACGUCUCGAGGUUGUCGUGGCUGCCAAUGACGAGUUUAUUGGUGUUCAUGGUCGGUUACGCUGGCGGGGUCGGGCCGACCUCAUGGAUAGUGGCCAUGGAGGUCUUGCCGGGUCCUGUCCGCUCCCUUGGCUAUGGUAUCUCCUCCAUCGUCUACUACAUCACUUCCUUCGCUAUCUCUAAGUCAUUCGAAAGUGUAAAGGAGCUGAUUGGUCUGCAUGGAGUAUUCUGGUGUUAUAGCAUUGGCAGCGUACUAUACUGUCUGGCCGUGGUGUUGUUCGUUCCGGAGACUCUAGGAAUGUCACCUCGGGUGGUGGAGGAAUUCUGGCACCGUCGAGCGCACAAGAAAAAAUAUCACUCAUAAAUUUACCUCAUAUUCACUCUUCUUAGUGUUAAAAACUCAUCAAUGUUUCACCACUCGCUGCUCAUAAUGCCUUGAUAUAAUUCACCACCAAUCUAUUAAAUAAGGACUGUUAUCUUAUCAGUGAGGACAUAGGGCGACUGUUAACGUGAUAGUGGUCACUGUAAACUAACCGGGCGAUAGGAGCAGUGAAAAUACAGUACAAAGCCUUCCGUACACAACGAGGUGGCGUGGCGCGAGUGUAUGGGUGUGUGGGUGUGAGGGUGCGUGGGUGUGAAAGGUGUGAGGGUGAGUGGGUGUGAAAGGUGUGAGGGUGCGUGGGUGGGAGUUGUAGGUUACAAUCUGGGUCAAGUGUAGACAACGAUAUGAGUGAGGUGAAAACAACAGUAUUGGUGAAUUGGCCAUUUCGUUUCAUUUCGUUUCAUUUCAUUUGUUUAGGUACAGUAGUGUGGCUGCAGGUACAGUCAUUUACUAACUCGGGAACGACAGUACAAAUAUAAAUAUAAAUACAACUGUAAGUACAUAUGCAAAUACAAGCACGAGAGAUAUAAGUACAGGAACAAAAUUAUUUAUUCAGAAGGAGCCAUACAAAUACAGGUAUAGUUAAUGUAACAGCGGACCUCUCCCGUUGGGCGAAAUGAAAGUCGAUGUACAGUACGCAUUGCAAAACGGCUAACUUUAUUCUCGUGUUAAUGAUGUAUACUCCUACGAAAAGUACAAAGAAAAACACAAAUAGUCCCCAUAUGUGUCCACACUGUUUCUUAGGUGCUGGGAGAUGACUUAACAAGGCAACACGCGGCUGUAGAAGAGUGACGUAAUACUGAUAUGUGUAUUAAGACAGCGCCUCACUUAAAACCACAAGGUGUACUCAUGUAUGAUCGCUUAUAACCCAAUAUAGCAUGGCGACAUUCCCUCUCCCCCCGAGAAAGUGGGAAUCGAAUCAGAAGUUUCACUAUUCAACACAUGACCCCAGUUUAUAUUGGCUCUAGAUGUAGUAAUUCGACUACAUGAGGAGCUGGCAGAGGUAGCGUAGCCAAAUGUUGCGGCCUAUUUUUUGCAACUAAUCCCAUGGUAAACUAACGUAUAGCUCCUGUUUGCUACACAAGGCCCGUGGCGCACCGCUCCUCCCUCUCUGGUACCUUAACGCGACACGAGACGACGUACAGUACAGUGAGCGGGCGUGAGUGGGCCUUACUGGCAGCCUAUACGGCACUAACAGUUACUCAUUAAUCCAGAAGAAGUACAAGUUCGGGUACAGACACAGCUACAGGUACAGAGAUCUUUAAAUUCAAAAGCAAAUCUACAGGUUACAGGCAUAAAAAAAUAAGUCCAAUUAUGUAUUUUAAAACCUACCAUACAGGUACAGAUACAUGUUUCGAUACAGCAGUUUCAUAGUGAUACUGUAUUCAUUAUCCUGGGCAAUAUAUACUGUAUAUUUCAUAAGACUUCCUAAUGUUGCCAUAUUAUAUACUCGUAUCAAGAUCUGUUUUUGUUAUCUGAUUUAAAUGAGAUAUGAAUUUCUUGUAUUGAAGAUUAUUUGUAAAUAAAGUUUUCUAUAAAU